AUGGAUCAAACCUCAAUGUCUGAAAAGGCUCAAAAUGAGGCAGACACCAAUAACUUGGACAUGUCCUCUCGGCCCCACUCAUCAUUCCCACACCACAGGCCAGGCCUCAGUGGAGCUGACCACCACCGUGAGUCCCCUCAUGACAGGGUGGCCCAUCACCACAGUGAGUCUCCCCAUCAUGGCACACCCCACCAUCACAAUGGAUCUCACCACUCUCGUGAGUUCCAAGAUCUGCACAACAAUGCCUCCUCCUACCAUUCCUCCCAAUCUCACCACCACAGUGAGGCCCUCCAUCAUGGCAGAGCCCACAGCCCCACAGCCUCUGGUCCAGCUGCCUCUCAUGGCAUUGUUUCUUCCCAUCAUGCCAUUGGGGAGGACCACUUCAAUGAUGAGCACCACCAUGGUAGCAGGAUGCAUCACAGUGAGUCCCACCAUGGUGGGUCCCACCACCAUGCUGGAUCCCACCACGGUGGAUCUCAUCACCAUGGCAGGUCUCGCCACCAUGGUGGGCCCCACUAUCAUGGUGGGCCUAAACCACUUGAUGAGAAUUUGUCCCAGCACUCCUAUAGUGGAUCCUCCCACCAUGAUGGGCACUACCCCCACAGCGAGACUUCCCACCAUGCUGGGCUCCACCGUGGCUGGUCCCGUCACCAUGAAGCCCACCACCAAAACAGGCUUCUUCAUCAUGGAGAGACCAUUUCCCAUCUUUCCUCUGAGGGUUCCUACGAUCAUGGCAUACCUCGCUAUCAUAGUGAGCAUGAUUAUAGUGAUCCCCACUCCAGUAAGCACCACCUUGGUGAGCAUCCCCUCUCCAGCAAAGUCCAUCCUAAAGAUUCCUCCUCCAAAGACUCAGAAAGCUGGGACACAGAAGAUGAGCAAUUUCAGAAGCGCAAAACCGGCCGGUCCCAGCGGGCCCACAAGAAGAUGCACACUUGGAGCUUCUUCCAUUGGCUGUGGGACAAAUUAAGCUACUUCAUUGAGGAAUUCCGGAGCAUGAUCUGGAACCUGACCCACUCCCUGGUCUUUGAAGUCUUCAUCUUCUUCGUCAUCUGCCUCAACACUAUCAUGCUUGUGGUCCAGACCUUCGCCGAAGUGGAGAUCCGGGGUGAGUGGUACUUCAUGGCCUUGGAUUCCAUUUUCUUCUGCAUCUACGUACUGGAAGCUCUGCUCAAGAUCAUCGCCCUGGGCUUCUCGUAUUUUCGUGAUAUGUGGAACAAUCUGGACUUCUUCAUCAUGAUCAUCGCUAUGCUGGACUUCGUGCUCAUGCAGCUCGAUGCCUUCUCCAUCUACCAGCUAAGCCUCUUCCGGAUCCUCAAGGUCUUCAAGAGCCUUCGGGCCCUUAGGGUCAUCCGGGUCCUGCGGAAGCUGAGCGUCCUGACCAGCCUCCAUGAAGUGACAGGGACCCUGGCCCGGUCCUUGCCAUCCAUCACAGCCAUCCUCAUCCUCAUGUUUACCUGCCUCUUCCUCUUCUCCGUGGUACUCCGGGCACUGUUCCGCAAGUCUGACCCUAAGCGCUUCCAGAGCAUCUUCAGCACCAUCUUCACCCUCUUCACCUUGCUCACCCUGGACGACUGGUCCCUCAUCUACAUGGACAGCCGGGCCCAGGGCGCCUGGUACAUAAUUCCCAUUCUCAUGAUUUACAUCAUCAUCCAAUACUUCAUCUUCCUCAACCUGGUGAUUGCUGUCCUGGUGGAUAACUUCCAGAUGGCACUGCUCAAAGGCCUGGAGAAAGUGAAACAGGAGAGGGCCGCCCAAGUCCAAGAGAAGCUGCUGGAGGACUCGCUGACAGAGCUCAAACAAGCAGAGCCGGAAGAGGAGUUGAGUGAAGGCACCAGGCAGAAGCAGUUCCUGGAGAAAAAGUUUGGGGCCAUGACUGAGAAGCAGCAGCAGCUCCUGUUCCACUACCUGCAGCUGGUGGCGGGCGUGGAGACUCAGCAACAGAAAUUCCGUUCCCAGGCCUUCAUCAUUGAUGAGAUUGUCGACGUCACAUUUGAGGCUGGAGAAGAGGACUUCAGGAGAUGACCCCCAAAGGACACCAGAUACAGACUUCAGUCUCUGGCAAGCUGCCCACCUUGGUGGGUCAGGACAAAUCCCCAAAUCUGCUGGAAUGAUCGUCUGGGCCCUGCAGGGCUGGGUUCUCAACAGAGGUUUAAAACUCCA